ACUGGAAAGAGGAGGAUGUGAGGAUUAGAGGUGGAGAUAUAAAAAUGGAGAAGCAGACGACACAUUUCACAAAGUCAAGAAGACAAAAGAAGCAGCUGUGAGAAGACGUGGAGCGUGACCCCGGGAUAUCUGUGACAACAGAGACCCUCAGUUGAAAUGAACGCCAACCCCCCUGCAGGAAGCGCCCUGGCCCCUGGUGGAGCCACCGGGCCCACAACACCCAAGAAGGGCCCCCCCAAGUUCAAGCAGAGGCAGACCCGAACAUUCAAGAGCAAGGCCCCCAAGCCAGGCCAGAAGGGCUUCGGCGACGACAUCCCCGGCAUGGAGGGUCUCGGCACAGACAUCACCGUGGUGUGCCCAUGGGAAGCCUUCGGCGACAUGGAGCUCAGCGACUUGGCCAAAUACGGCAUCAUCUAAACCUGCUGCCUCCUGCCUUCCUCGCCUGCCUGAUCCUCUCCUCCGCCUCCUCCCCCUCCACCCUACCUCAGCCCGGCAUGCCGCGAUAAGGCUGCCGGGAAACCCCCCUAAUGCCCCCUCGUCUAUCUACCUCGAGCUCGUCUCCACUGAGUGGACGGAGAGCGUAAUGAUGUUCUUAUUUUUAUUUUAUUAUAUGAUACUGUUUAAAGUAUAUAUACUUGAAACCAGAAGACGAGAUAAAUGCCUCCACAUACCCUCUCCCCCUCUCCUUCUAAAAUAGACCUCUCCUCACUUCUCCCCCCCUUCAUUCGGACGCCCCCCGCCCCCCUCCCCACCCCGGCAAUGGACGCAAGCAAAACCCUGGUUAACACUAGCUUGGAUUUGCUUCUAGCAGUCUAUUAAAAUGUAAAUAUGUUUCAGUGUUGAACCUUUAAACCUUGUCUUCCGUCCCACCUUUUUUAUUCCCCCCCCUCCCCCU